CUGACAGAGAUCGCAUUACGCAACCAGAGCUGACGUUGUCAUGCAACUGAACUAGAAUGUGAUGCGCUUAAAACCAGCCUGCGGCAUCUCUCCUUCUCACAGUCACAGCUGAGAGAGAGGGCAGAAUGAUUUAAUGAAGGAAGAGGGGGAUUAUAUGAUAUAUGCAGGUCAACAUCUGCCUCAGAAGGAUCCAAACACCAGGAGAAAAUACAAAUCACAGCUCUGCUCAUUCUUUGGUGCUUCAGUUCUUGCUAUUUGUGUUCUGUUAGAUUCUCGUCUGCAGGGGGCGUGCUGGUGGAGCUGUCUGCUUUUGAAUGGGGGUGUGCUCUGUUCCCAUCAGCACUGGUGAGCAGCAGCUGAGCGCUUCCCAUCAUUUCGCCGUAAAACCUGCCGGAGAAAAACUCGCUUAGCUGCAGCUGAUACCCGAGCAAUCAUGUUCUGCAGACGGGCAUGGCAGAGAGUCGGGCCGCUGGCACGGAGGUCUUUCAAGCCGACACCCAGAUACGCUCCGGUGCGACACAUGGCCUUCGGUGUUCCUGGAGGCUCCACCAACAUGACGUACUUUGUUUUAUGUGGCGGCGGCCUCACUGCUGCAGUUGUUUAUGCAUACAAGACGGUCAACGAUGAUACCGAGCGUUACGAGGAAAGACUCGCCAACAUGGGCUCCACGGCGAAGGCUUCUUCAGCAAAGGCAGCACCAGAGGCAGCUCCACCUGCAGUUGAGCCUGCACCGGUGGAGGAGGAAGCCCCUGCUGCUGAGGUCAUCGCUGAGUCUGCCCCGGCUACUGCUGCUGCAGAACCUGUAGGAGAGACAGCUGCUGAACCUGUUGUGGAAGCUGCGUCUGAAGAAGCAGAAGCCGCCACCGCCGUCUCUGAGGCGGUCGUUCCAGAGGCAGCAGCUGAGACGGCAGCUGAGUCAGCAGAGACGGAGGACGCCGCUCCACCUGUGGAGGCAGAGGUGGUUGCUGAAGUGGCUGUGGAGGCCCCAGCAGAGGAACCUGUGGCAGAAAACGCUGAGUCCGCACCAGAGCUGCUCACAGAUGUUAAGCUCUUGACCAGCUCGACAGCUGAAAUUGCCGCAGCUUCUGUUGGUGAGAAGGAUCCGAUGGAGACUGUCCAACAAACUGAAGGUGAAGGAAAGGGACACGAGGUGCUUGAAACAGAAGCUUUGGAAGAAGCCUCAGAGGCAGUGGCCAAGGAAGCAUCUGAAGAGGGAGCAGUUGUAGAAGGUGAGGAGGAGGUGAAGUCUGGAGAGGGUGAGAAAAGUGCAGAAGAUGCUCAGACUCCAGCUGCUGAAGAAGUGAUAACGGAGGUGACAUCUGCUCUGGCUGCAGCUGUGGACGAGGAGGCAGCGGCUGGAUCUCAUCCUGAAGAAACAACAUCUCCAAUGCCCACUGUGGACGAGGCAGAGGCUGAAGUUCGACCUGCUCCUGAGGAGGCCAUCGCUGCUGAAGAUGUUGCUCCUGCUGAGGAGGCCACAGUCACCAGUGAAGCUGCCCCACUGGAUGAGAUUUCACCAGCUGACCAGGCAGCAGCUGAAACACCUGCAGAGGAGACAGCUGAAGCUGCUGUCAGCACGACUCAGCUGGCAGCAGCCUCCGCUGGAGCGGACCUAAAGGUUCUUUCAGUUGCAGAAGCAGAGCCUACAUCAGAAGCUCCUGUGCAUGAGGAGAAACCCUGCCACUCCUGCCACUCUGCUCCCUCAACAGGAGAGGAGGUGGCGCCACCUGCUGCUGUAGGAGAGGAGUUGAUCACUGAUGGUGCUGUGGAUACUUCACAAGAAGCCAAGGAUGCAGCCUCAGCACAAAAGACAAAGGAGUCUAACUGGACUGUAAAACGCUGCUCAGUCAUGUAAUUUUACAGUUAAGAAGCCAUGGAGGCGACGGUGGUGGUGAUAGCCCAGUCGUGACGGGACAGACAGUGUGCCUUCCACAACACUCGCCUAUCUGUCAACUAAGCCAGAGGGACCGGCAGAAAACAAAAAACAUGAAUAGAGGUAGUCGCAGGUGUAACCGACUCAAACGUCCUUUCUGAAAUGUUAUCAGAGUUGUCUUCUGUAUUAGUGCUUGUGAGGUGAUUCCUAUCAUGUCCUCUAGGUGCCACUGUUGCAAAACCUUUCAUGAUCAGCUGAGGCUUCUUUAAAUCUUUCAGUAGGCAGUGGAAGUGGGUUACUGUAAUACUGUGGUGUAUUUUAGCACGGUGAUAGACCACUUUUAUAGACAAUAAGUUUGCCAAUGUGGACAAGAAUUUUUAAUGGGAGUGUCACCUCAGUGUGAUUUACCUGCUCAUAUCAGCUCACAUACAUAUGAUAACUUUAUUUCAGAACCAGAGUUACAAAGUUCUUCAAAAUAUUUACAAAAACCAAUCUUAAAACAAAUAGAUUUAUAAAGGUGAGGAAAAGCAUCAGAUUCAAUAACAGAUAACAAAAUUCAAAAGAGCAAAUACACAGAGAACUAAAGAGGAAAACUACAGACAAUGAAGUGAAGAGUAGGGGCACCUUCAGAAUUUUUUUCCAUAGGGGUGGCCAUGUGGGGGCCACUAAAAAUAUUGGGAAUUUCCAGUUUUAUUAUGCUGUUGUCAAAUAUUGGUUACUUAAAAAAAUGAGAAGAGAAGAGAAGAAAAGGGCAGGACUAUUUAUACACCUGGGGCUAACCAGUUUUGUGUUACUCUAACGAAAUGGUACUAAAACAGGAGAAUGAGACACAGGUGAAAGUAAUCAGGAUAUUCAGACAGAUGAGUAAAACCCAAAACAAACUAACAAAAUAAAAUAAAAAACAAUCCACAAGACAGGAAGAAACACUGAGCAUGUGAGAAAUCCAUCUAUCGAUCCAUUCAAGUAUGAGUUAUUGUGCUUGUUGUUACAGGCUGUUCAGUUCUUUUGCAACACAGUGAGAGCUUGGUCCAUAUUGCCAAUAAUACGGUAUGUUUUGUUUUGUUUUUUUGCCUGUCCCAUUUGGUUCUUUAGCCGU